AUGAGUCCGCCUUCGAAUUACCACGUACAAAAAAUAUUCGACACCUACGCCAAAAGUCAGCUGACAUUCGUGCAGAACUUCGCGGAACAGGCGAACAAACUGGCGUACGCCGAAUGUCUUCGCGAGAGUCACGCGGUCGAGAUAGUACAGCCGCUUUUGGACAACAUCGACCCUGAGGUGAGGGUGACAGCGGUGCUGGGCUUGUCGAGACUGGCCGGCAAUAGUCGGUCGUGUGCCAAACAAAUACUGUGUGCGAACAAUCUACUGAAAGGGCUGCUCGGACAGAUCACCGAUGAAGACAAAUCUUACAAAAAAAGUUGCAUGAAACUCAUUCGGAAUCUAAGUAAACACUUGUCGUCGUGUUCUGAAAUGAUAUUAAGCGGAUGUGAUGGAAUACAUGCUAUUUUAACAUGUAUGAAAGACUUAGAUGUAUUAGUCAGAGAAGUAGCUUUGCAAGCAAUUAGUUCCAUCGCUGGCCAAGAUCCCAGUAUUUCAGUACUCAUCAUAAGUUCUGGUAUAUUGCCUCAAAUUGUCCAAAGCUUAAAAGAGGAACGAGACAAUUUUAAAUUACAUGCUUUGACCACUUUAAGCGAGAUAGCUAAACACAACCAAAAAUUAGCCAAAAAAAUUGUGGACAUGAAUACUUUACCUCAAGCAGUAAUAUUUUUAUCAAAUAAUUAUAUCACAGAAGUCAAACUUCAGGCAAGUGCAUUAGCAUUGAUAAAAAACAUUGCUAAGCACUCGUUGACUUUAACCGAAACAGUAAUCGAGUCAAACAUAUUUCCGGAAGUACUGCUGCUGAUGGCGCAUCCAGACGAAUCUAUACGUUACAAUUCGGCUGAAGUCGUUUAUGAAGUAGUCAAACAUUCUGUCGAAAUUUCUAAGAUGAUCGUGACUACUGGCGGUAUAGUUUCAUUAUUGAACGUAAUUUUGAAUAGCAAAGAAUAUCCUUCUACUCCAGCUAUACUCGCGUUGGGAUACAUUUCCUCCAUGUCACCAUUACUCGCGACGGCUGUUAUCAAGUCCAAGGUAUUGAAACAUUUGACCGCCGUCCUAAAAAGCGAUACAGAUAACGAUUGUUUGAAAGCCGGUACAGCUUGGACAUUAGAAAUGAUAGGUCAACACGGUGCUAAACAUUCGAAAUCCGUUUUUGCUUGCAACGCCGUGAGCGCUAUGAUUGAUGUUUACAUUGACACAAGUCCGACACUCGAUGCCCAUCAUAAAUGCAAAAGUGCCAUUCAAAUCAUACUGAGCAAAUGCGAAGACUUUGCUGCUUUAGAACAUUUGUUGACACCAUCAACUCCUAUAAAAAUAAUGCCGCACAUACUUUUUAAAAUAAGCAAAAUGUUACCAAAAAGCUUUAAAGCACGGCGAAUUUUUAUUAAACGGGGACAUUUGAAAAUGAUUCAAAACCUUAAACCAGAUAUUAAUUCACAUUUGUAUCAUGUUAUCAAAGCUGUUAAUUGUUGUUUCCCAGAGACUAUACUACAAAUGAUAGCUGGAGACAUUCCAGAAUCGGUUUUGAAAAAAUUGGACAAGUAUGUGCCAAAAAGUCAAUGUUUGUUAUACGAUCCUGAUAUAAAAGUUAGCAACAUUUUCACCAAUCCUGUUUAG